GAUGAAGGCUGGUCACGUGGUGUAGUUUUGUCAAUUGUUCUGUUCUUUCUCGUGUCAGUACAGUAGGGUGGUUGUACGUUUGGUCUCAAUUGAUUGCAACAAAACAUAAUCCUAAUGAUGACAAGAAUUUGGUUACCAUGGAAGGAUGAGCCCUACCUUAUGUCCAUGGGGAAUUAGGUGCCCAUUGAAGAAGGUUAAAUUGAAAGGUUAUUAGUACAGAGAGGUCAGCAAAUUUAAACAAUAGCAAUGGCGGCAGUAGUGGUGGACGUGAAAGAAAAAAGUAAAGCAGCUGUUUCAUCUGUGGUGGAUCCACAUCCAUGUGACGAAGUUUUUGAAAAAGGAAAAUUUGAAGUAAGUUUGAUCACCGAGAAAUCAGGCAUAUUUUCAAGUUCGAAGCCACUGUUGGUGUUCACACCCACAAGUGCAGGUUCAUAUCCUGUCAUUUUGUUCUUUCAUGGCUUCAGCUGUCUUGGAUCCUUUUACUCUGAUUUCCUCAACCUUAUAGCUUCCCAUGGCUAUGUUAUUGCUGCUCCACAGUUGUACGUAAUGCCAACCACAAGUGAAAUGAAUGAAAUAAAGUCAGCAGUAGAAGUGAUAACAUGGUUGUCAUCAGGACUUGACCCAUUACUCCCGACCAACGUGAAAGGAGACAUUUCAAAACUAAGUCUAGUAGGCCACAGCCGAGGUGGCAAAACAGCCUUCUCCUUAGCCUUAGGCUGGGGUAGCCCUUCUCUUCCCUUCUCCGCCAUAAUUGGCAUCGAUCCAGUAGCCGGAACCAAAUACUUCCAACCCGAACCCCACAUCCUAAAUCCGAUUUCUCAACCCUUCAAAAUUUCCUCACCCGUUACGGUCAUCGGGACUGGGCUAGGUCCAGAAAAGGCUACCCCAGUCACAUGCCCUUGUGCUCCUAAUGGCUUCAACCAUGUUGCAUUUUUCAAAAAAUGUAAGCCAACUUGUGCCCAUUUUGUAGCUGUGGACUAUGGUCAUAUGGACAUCUUGAACGACAACCCGCCUGGGAUGACGGGGUUUUUCACGAAUAUUGCUUGUAAGAAUGGGAAGGGCCCAAGGGAACUUAUGAGGAAGUGUUGCAGUGGGCUUGUAGUUGCUUCUUUGAAGGCUUAUCUCGACAAUGAUGUGUCAUUUCUAAACGCAAUUUAUGUUGACCCUUCUAUUGCUCCUAUUGAGCUAAAUCCUGUGGAUGUUAUUUACAAAACAUCCUCUACCUAAAUUUCAUGGUCGAUGGUCACAUACCCCUAGACUUAAUAUCCUGUAGAUUUCUUUGACACUCAAAUGUUGUAGAGGGUCAAAGAAUGUUCCGUAAAAUUUGUUGAGGUGUGUAAGUUAAUGAUCAUGAUAUUCCUGAAUAAAAAAAUAAUAAAUAAAUUUCAAAUUCGCAAA